GCCUAGUGAUCUGGAUGAGUCUGGCUGAGAGUACCGACGCGAUCUCUGUGGUCAUAAACGGCCUAGCCGAGGAGUCGCUCCAGAGGGCAUCGCAGAAGCUGUGCUACACCCUCCUCCUCCUCUGCCGCCAGCAUCCCGUGACCACCAUCGUCAAUAGCGGCGACAAUGAGGGCUUCCAGGCGUGGCGCAAGCUCGUUGAGUACUAUGAGCGGAAUGCUCGAUCUCGGAUCGCUGGCCAGUUGUUCAACCUACUGAAUUUCGCGUUCGCUGGUGACGUCGAGGACAGGCUAGCAUUGUUCGAGCGAGAGCUGAUCCGAUACGAGCAGCGCCGUGGGCCCCUGCGGCAACACCUCUUGCUCAAUGCGACCCGGCAUGUGGAGUGGCAGGACUUCCGCCGAGAGUUCGCGGACAUCCGCAGGGCCCAGAGUGCGAUCGCCCCGGUCCCCGUGCCGAUGGACCUGAGCGUCUUCGCCAAGGGCGGCAAAGGCAAGGGCAGGAGUGGCGGCGAGGGCAAGACCAAGGGCGACGGCAAAGGCAAGGGUAGGAGCGACGGUAAGGGGAAUGCCAAGUCUGACGGCAAGAGCAAGGCCAGCGGAGUCAAGGGCCACGGGCAGAGCCUCUCUGCUGGGGCUGCGGCGGUCGUGGCCGCGCUCGACGAGAGUGCCCCUGCAAGAGAAGGAGCUGGCACGCUGGCGAGCAUGGAGCAGGCCUUGUCGCGCGUGAACCAACAUCAUGGGCUUGGAAUGGACCCCGGUGCGAUCGGGCCGGCUCCAUCGGCGCCUUUGUCAGCUGCCUCGACCUCGACAGCUGCGACCGCGAGAGUAGGUCGAGUAUUGUCUUCGACGAGUGGAGCGUCUCGGCAGAUUGCGGCGCUCUACUUCAAUGACGACAGCGAGCAGGUUAGCCACCCGUUCGCGCACCUCCACUCCUUCACCCUGAACGACCCGGGGCCUGCGAUGGUGGGCGGUGUCGACUCCGCGAUCGGUGCGGUCCUGGACGUGAACAUGAUCCACGGCAACUCGGAUGCGGAGGAGGUCGAGCUUGACGGCGUCUUGCGUGUGGGCAUCGACUCGUGCGCAGCGGCCUCUGUGCUGCCGCGUUGCCCGUGUGCGGACUACCCUGUGCGGGAGAGUCCUGCGGGGGCGGUCGCCUACAAGACCGCCUCCGGCCACUGCGUGGCUGACGAGGGCGAGAGGCUCCUCGUGGAGACGAUGCCUGGGACGUCCCAGGCACGCGCCGCCAAGUUCAGGGUGGCGGACGUCAGCGAGCCGUUGCUGGGUGUCGCGGAGAUGGUCGACGCGGGCCAUCCGCUCGUCUUCGACUCCGAGGGCGGGCGAGAUGUCAGCUACGCCCGCCACGAGACCAGCGGGGAUGUCGUGAAGUUCUGCCGCAGGAACAAGGUCUGCGAGAUCGACGUGCACGUCGGCCCGUGCGUGCCAGAGGUCUGCCCCGUGGAGGGGGCGGGCCCAGCAGCCCGGGCGGCGGCCGAGCGAGCCGCGCAUGAGGUGCUGCGCGAGCCCUGCAGGGCGUGGUGCUGGGAGUGCGUCCUCGGCGGGGCCCUGUCAGCGGGCCGCCGCGCCGCGGACCGCCAGGAGGCUGCUCUCGCAGUGGUCGGCAUCGUCUGCGGCUACUUUGGCGCGAGUGAGGACGGGGCGACGAUGCGGAUUAGCAAGGGGUCCAAGCAGCGCUGGUUCCACGCGUCCAUGGUGCGGGCCAAGAGCGAGGGCCAUGGCGUCGAGACGGUCCCCGAGGAGAGCGUGGUCCGCGAUUCCCGGGGCAAUGGCCUCGCCGAGCACGCUGUGCGCGAGGCAGAGGCCAAGAUCAGGACCGCGAGGGCGCAGGUCGACGACCUCCACGGCGUGAGCGUCGGUGCCGACGACCCGGUGAUCCCGUGGAUGGUCGAGUACGCGGCGAUGUCGAUCAAUUUGGGCAGGCGUGGUGCUGAUGGUCGGGCCGCGUGGGAGCUCAGGCGCGGCCGGGCCUUCGGCAAGGAUCUCGCUUGCUUCUCGGAGAAGGUGCUGCGCCUCCCAGGGGGCGCGCGGAAGGUCGGCAUCGAGGACCUGUUGAACGUUCUAGUGGGGAAGCCGUUGGCGCCUGUGCCGGCACAUGCGGCUAUUGACGAGGUGCCGAUGGCCAUCGAGAUCCGCGUGCCAGGGCCGGCUGUGCCAGCUGGGGCUCCGGUGCCGCCAGUCGCGCCGGCCGGCGCUCCAGUGCCGCCGGUCCCUCAUGGAGUGGGCCCCCCGCCUUGGGCUCCUCGAGGCGCGCGGCUGAGUGCCAGGCCGCGAGCCGUCUACGUCGGGGGGGGCGUCGAGAUUGCGAAGUAUGGCGCUAUUCCUAACUGCUACGGCUGUGCCGCGAUCUUCCUCGGUUUCCGGGCGCAGGCUCACUCUGCCGAGUGCCGUGCUCGGGUCGAGCAGGCGAUGCUCGAGGGCGACGCUGCGAGGCAGAGGCUCGAGGAGGCCCGAGAUCGGAAGCGACGGCGCGGGGGUGGCGGAGCGCGGUUCGUCGGGCAGCGGUGGGCCGGCCCCAAUGGCGCCAGCGCCAGCUGCCGCGCCAGCCGCGGACGUGGACAUGGCCCCAGCUCCUCCAGGCCCGGGCGACGGCAAUCUGCAGGAGGAGAUCGAGGGGCGCUGCUGCUCUCGCUCGGCUACAGCGGGCGCAAGGUUGACGUGGUGGAGGUGUUCUGCCCGAACCAGCUCGAUGGCUUUGCGCCGCUCUUCGGGCUGAUCCACGGCGGCUCGUUCCGCCGCGAGCUGGUUGAGCACUACCAGCCGUGCUUCCUCCUGGGUAGCCCUCGCUGCGCUCCGUUCUCCAUGCUGAAGUACCUGAGCGAGGAUUCCGAGAAGCAGCGCCAGGCCUAUGCCAUGGGGUUCGAGCAGCUGAGGUUUGUGAUGGAGCUGUGCGCGCUGCAGGUGCCCGACGAACCACCUCCGAGCCAUGCUACGUGGUCUCCGCCAGACCUCUCGAAUAAGGCGGUGCUCAUUCUAUCGGCCCUCGAUGUGGGACCGAACGUGGGCGACGAGGAGAUCGGCUUGAAGGACUUCACGGGGCGCUGGCGCGACACCUUGAAGACCGAGUUCCAUGGCGAUCUCGCGGGGGUGCCGCUGGGCGCCGAGAAUGUCAACGCAGCGAGGCCGCUCAGUGUACGCCGGGUCGACAUCGACAAGGGUGACUCGAGCCAGCCCGACUGCAGGUCGCGUCUCGUCGUGCAGGAGACCAAGGCGCAGAGCAUCAUUGCUGGGGAUGACGUCGGCGCAGUGUUUGCAGCGACGCCGCCGCUGGAGUGCCUCCGGCUCGUGAGCAGCUUGGUGAUGUCGAGCGACCCAGCUGAGGGCCGCGUCCCGCGCAUCCUGGACGUCUCAAGGGCUCGCCCGCGCUGCGAGAUCAGGAGGGCACUUUACAUCGGGCUCCCAGGCGAGGACCCGAUGUCGCAGGCGGCAUGCAAGUGCGGACUCUUGAUGAUGGCUCUCUACGGGGCGCGCGACGCGGGCCAGAACUUCGAGCUGACGACCUCCGAGACAGUCGUCGUCGCUGGCUGCGACCAGUCGGCCUUCUCCCAGUGCAUCUAUUACCACACGGACAAGCAGGUGGGCUUCUUCCACCGCGGCGACGACUUCGUGCUCGAGGGCUCCCGCAACGAGAUGGAGGCGAUCCGCGAGGUGCUGACCGCGAAGUUCAUCGUGAAGGAUCGUGGCGUGCUCGGGCCAGCGCCGACCGCCCUGAAGGAGAUCACGCGUCUCAACAGGGUCCUGUGCUGGCGAGACCGGUGGCGCCAGGGCGGCGAGGCCAUCGAGUGCGAGGCGGGCCCCAGGCACGCGCAGAUCCUCCAAGCGCAGCUGGGCAUGACGUCUGACACGGACUCAUUGGGCACGCCCGGUGUGAGUCAGAACUUGACGCCUGAGGUCGAGCGUGAGCUGCCCGAGUCCGAGGCGGCCGAGUACCGCAGUGCACUCAUGAGGCUGGGAUACCUCGCGCUCGACCGCCCGGAGCUGCAGUUCGCCGCAAAGGAGUGCGCCCGUGGCAUGCAGAAGUGGGGCCGCCAGAGGGGGCCCGCCUUCCUGGACAUCUGCUCUGGCACGGACUGGGCUGGUUGCCCGAUCGCCAGGAGGAGCACCAGUUCGAUCGUGAUCAAGCGUGGCCAGCAUCUGAUCGUGACGGCCUCAACGACCCAGAUCCCGAUCGCCAUGAGCUCAGGCGAGGCGGAGUUCUAUGUAUGGAGUGAUUUGGCCGCGGCCCUCGGCAUCGUGCAGCGCCGAGUCUGCGGCGAGGUUCGUCACCUCGAGACGCCGACGCUGUGGGUCCAGCGGGCCCUCCGCGACGACCGCUUUCAGCUUUCCAAGGUCCCGGGCACAUCCAACCCUGCGGGCCUGGGCACCAAGUUCUUAGAUCAGACAGCGAUGCUGCGAGCUUUGAUCAUGAUGAAUGUUGAGCUCUCGGAUGCGCCCUUCUCGAGUGGCCUCCAGGCGAAG